UCUGGCGGAGCGCGGAGAUGCUCGGAGCAGCCGGGAGAAAUAAAUCUUGAAAAGCACUAGACUUGGUCUCUUUGCCAGCGAACAGAGGCGGGAGGUAAGGUUGAUGAUUUCAGGGUACACCUGGACUCCCCAUCCAGUGCACUUCCUUCAAACCUCACCGGACUCCAGCGCCGACUAGCCAUUGAUUUCACCCACCUGCCUCCUCUCCAGAAAUUCAGCACAAGAUUGAGUGGCACCUGGCAUGUAGCCAUCUCUCCGUCAUCUUCUCCUGCAUCAUCCAGUUAUCAAUGUUAUCAUCAUGUUACCUCACUCAUGCCCCUUCUGGUAUGCAAGACAUCAGUGAACGAGAAGCCAACUCCUCAUGGACCACGCUAGUCUCCAGCUGAGCACCGGGAACCUGUGGAACUGUCUCGUGAGGCUGCUUAGCAAACAGCCAGAAUGGCUGAAUGCCAAGGAGAAGUUCUUCCUCCCCAACAUGGACCUGGGCUCCAGGAACGAGGCCCCAGACCCUGCAGAGAGGGUCAUCCUACAACUCAAGAGGCUCCACGCCCAAGGUCUGGCCACCUGGCAGGCAUUCAUCCACUGCGUGUGCAUGGAGCUGGAUGUGCCGCUGGAGCUUGAGGUGCCACUGCUGAGCACUUGGGGCCAGGAAGAUGUGUUCCCCAAGCAGCUGGGAGCUGGUGAGGAAGGCUGCCCUGAAUCUCAGCAAUACCAUGGCCUCAAGCGGCCUCAUCAGAGCUGUGGGUCCUCGCCCCGCAGGAAGCAGUGCAAGCAGCAGCAGCUGGAGUUGACCAGGCAGUACCUGCAGCUCCUGAGGACCUCUACCCAGCAGCGCUAUGGUGGUGAGAACCCCAGGCCGGGGCAGCCGGUCUCCUUCCAUAUCGCCCCAAUCCUAAAGAAGAGCUGGGUCACAGCACCCUUAGACACCCAGGAGGAGGACGUUAUGGGGGACUCCAAGGCAAAAGAUGGCAUCCAGGACCUCUUCAACACCAAGACGAAAAAGGGUCCGAGGGUCACAGUGGUCCUGGGGAAGGCAGGCAUGGGCAAGACCACAUUGGCUCACCAGCUCUGCCAGAAGUGGGCUGAUGGCCAGCUGGACCGCUUCCAGGCCCUGUUCCUCUUCGAAUUCUGCCAGCUCAACCUGAUCACAGGUCUCCUGACGCUGCCCCAGCUCCUCUUUAAUUUCUACCCAAGCCCCGAGUCGGGAGCUGACACUGUCUUCCAGUACCUGGAGGAGAAUGCACAUCGUGUCCUUCUUAUCUUCGAUGGGCUGGACGAGGCCCUCUACCCCUGCUCCAGUAGGAAUACCGAGGGCCUGGACACCCCAGGUCCCGCCUUCACCCUCUUCUCUGGCCUCUGCGAUGGGACCCUCCUACCCGGCUGCUGGGUAAUGGCCACAUCCCGUCCAGGGAAACUGCCCGCAUGUCUGCCUGUGGAGGCGACCAUGGUCCACAUGUGGGGUUUUGACAGGCUGCGGGUGGAGGAGUAUGUGGGCCGCUUCUUCAGGGACCAUCCAUUGCAGGCAGCAGCCCUGGAAGAGGUGCGGGCAGACAGGCGUCUCCAGAGCAUGUGUGCGGUGCCCGCCCUGUGCCGGGUGGCCUGCCUCUGCCUCCGCCGUCUGCUCCCUGGCACCUCCCUAGGCCAGUCUUCGGCCCUCCUGCGCACCGUCACGCAGCUCUAUGUACAGAUGGUGCUCACCCUCAGCCACCACAGGUGCUUGCCCACCACGUCCCUCCUGGGCCUUGGUGAGGUGGCCUUGAAGGGUCUGGAGGCCGGGAAGGUUGUCUUCUAUGCAGGAGACAUUCCUCCACCCGUGAUGGCCUUUGGGGCUGCCCACAACCUGCUGACUUCCUUCUGCGUCUGCACAGGCCCUGAGCACCAGGAGACAGGCUAUGCCUUCGCCCACCUCAGCCUGCAGGAGUUCUUCGCUGCCCUGCAGCUGAUGGUCAGCCCCGAGGUGGACAAAGACAUGCUCUCCCGCUAUGUCACCCUGAAUUCCCAUUGGGUGCUGCGGACCAGUGCUAGAUUGGGCUGCCUAGACCACCUGCCCACCUUCCUGGCAGGUCUGGCAUCCUGCACCUGCCGCCCCUUCCUCAGCCACCUGGCACAGCAGGAUGAGGUGUGGGUGCGUGCCAAACAGGAUGCUGUUGUGCAGGCAUUGAGCAAGUUGGCCACCCGCAGGUUCAGGGGACCAAAGGUCAUGGAACUGUGUCACUGUGUGGAUGAGACACAGGAGCCACGGCUGGCCCGACUUGCUGCCCAAAGCCUCCACUACCCACUGUCCUUCCACAAUUUCCCACUGACUUACACUGACCUGGCUGCCCUGGCCAACAUCUUGGGCUACAGGGAUACCCCCAUCCACCUGGAUUUUGAGGGCUGCCCUCUGGAGCCCCACUGCCCAGACGCCCUGGUGGGCUGUGGGCAGGUAGAGAAUCUCAGCUUUAAGAGCAGGAGGUGUGGGGAUGCCUUUGCAGAAGCCCUCUCCAGGAGCUUGCCAACAAUGAGGAGCCUGCAGAAACUGGGGUUAACAGGAAGUAAGAUAACCACCAAAGGCAUGAGCCAUCUGGUGAAGGCUUUGUCCCUCUGUCCACAACUGGAAGAGGUCAGUUUGCAGAACAACCAGGUCAAGGACCAGGAGGUGCUGGACAUCGUGAAGGUGCUCUCUUGCCUACCAAGGCUCCGGAAGCUUGACCUGAGCCACAACGACAUCUCCGUGUCAACCCUACUCAGCUUGGCAAAAGUGGUAGUCGCAUGCCCAACUAUCAGGGCACUGCAGGCCAGGCAAAGGGAGCUCGUCUUCCUUCUCUCCCCAUCCACAGAGACAGCUGCAGAGCUACAAGGAACCCCAGACCUCCAGGGAAAUGCCAGCCAGAGGGAAGAGGCACUGACCAGAAGCCUGACACUCAGGCUCUGUGAGUGUCAGCUCCGGGUCCAUGACACUGAGGUGCUCAUAGCCCUGCUCCGGGAUGGCCCCUGCCUGGAGGAAGUGGACCUCUCAGGGAACCAGCUGGAAGACGAAGGCUGUCGACUGAUGACAGAGGCUCUGCCCCAGCUGCACAUCACCAGGAAGCUGGACCUCAGUGACAACGGGCUCUCUGCAUCGGGGGUGAACUGUGUGCUGAGUGCAUUGAGCACCUGCUGGACCCUGGCAGAACUGCACAUCAGCCUGCUGCACAAGACUGUGGUCCUCACAUUUGCCCAAGAGUCAGAGGAGGAGGAGGAGGAGGAGGGGACCUGGAAGAGGGCUGAAUUUCUGGAUAGCCACAUGCCCCAGAUGCCCUCUGAGCUGCCCCCGAGCUCCAGAAGGAUCAGGCUGACGCACUGCGGCUUCCAAGCUAAGCACUUAGGGCAGCUCUGCAAGGCGCUGGGAGGAAGCUGCCACCUCCGUCACCUCGACUUAUCAGGCAAUGCUCUGGGGGACGAAGGUGCCACCCUGUUGGUUCAUCUGCUUCCAGGCCUGGGCACUCUGCAGUCCCUGAACCUCAGUGAGAAUGGCUUAUCCCUGGACGCUGUGUUCAGUUUGGCCCAGUCCUUCUCUACUCUGGAGUGGAUUAUCCAUUUGGACAUCAGCUUAAAGAGCCAGCGCUUCCUCCUGAGAGGUGACAGAAGAUGCAGGGAUGCAUUCGCUGGUGGAUCUUUGCCAGAGUGCCCAGCUGGAACCCAGUUCUUGGGGGUCGGUCAGCGCUGCAUCCCCAGGAGCUUUCGCCUCAGGGAGUGUCAGCUGGAGCCUUCUAGCCUCGCCCGCCUCUGCGAGGCCCUGGAGAAAUGCCCGGGACCUCUGGAAGUCGAGUUGUCCUGCGAGGUCCUGAGUGACCAGAGCCUGGAGACCCUGUUGCACUGCUCACCUCGGCUCCCCCAGCUGAGCCUCCUGCAGCUGAGUCAGACGGAACUGUCCCCGAGCAGCCUCUUGCUGCUGGCUAACAUCUUCGGCUUGUGCCCACGGGUUCAGAAGGUGGAGAUCAGGUCCCUGCGUCAAGUGUCCCUGCACUUCAGGUCUAGUGAGGAGCAGGAAGGCGUGUACUGUAGGUUCACGGGCUGCGGCCUCCUCCAGGAGCACGUGGAGCCACUGUGCUGGAAGCUGAGCAAAUGUGAAGAUGUCAGCCAGCUGGACCUCUCAGGAAACCUCCUGGGUGAUGACGGGCUCAGGAGCCUGCUGGAAUGUCUGCCUCAGGUGUCCAUCUCUGGUUUACUUGAUCUGAGUCACAACAGCAUGUCUCUGGAAAGUGCCCUGUACCUGGUGGAGACCCUCCCCUCCUGUCCAGGUGCCCGGGAGGCCUUGGUGAACCUGGGCUCUGAGCAGAGCUUCUGGAUUCACUUCUCCAGGCAGGAGGAGGCUGAGAAGACCUUGAGGCUGAGUGAGUGCAGCUUCCUGUCAGAGCAUGUGCCCAGACUGGCUACUGGCCUGAGCCAGGCCCCGCAGCUGACAGAUCUCACACUGACCCGAUGUGGCCUGGGCUUGGAGCAGCUGAUCAUCCUCCUGAGCCUAGUGAAGCGGCCAGCAGGGCUGAUUGGCCUCAGGGUGGAGGAGCCGUGGGUGGGCAGAGUCGGGGUGCUCGAACUGCUGAGAGCCAGCGCCCAGGCCUCAGGCAACGUCACCGAAAUAAGCAUCUCCGAGACUCGGCAGCAGCUCUGUGUCCAGCUGGAAUUUCCCCGUCAGGAGGAGAACCCAGAGGCCGUGGCCCUCAGGCUGGCUCACUGUGACCUUGGGACACACCACAGCCUUCUCGUCAGGCAGUUGAUGGAGACAUGCACCAGGCUGCAGCAGCUCAGCUUGUCCCAGGUUAACCUCUGUGAUGCCAGCUCCGUGCUGUUGCAAAGCCUCCUGCUGUCCCUCUCUGAGCUGAAGAAAUUCCGGCUAACCUCCAGUUGUAUGAGCAUCAAGGCCCUCUCCCAGCUGACGUCUGGCCUGAGCCACUGUCACAACCUAGAAGAGCUGGACUUGUCUAACAAUCGGUUCGACAAGGAGCUGAUGGGGACCUUUGAGGAGAAGUGCAGGCUAAAGGAGCUUGACCUUAGCCACCUUCCGCUGGGCGGCUGGUCCCUGGACAUGCUCACUAGAGGACUAAGCCACAUGGCCUUCCUGCAGAGGCUCACCCUGAGCGGGAACGGCAUUGAUGACUGCUGCCAACUUUCUGAAACUCUCCGAGAUGCCACCAGCUUGCAGGAACUGGACUUAAGCCACAAUCAGCUCGGAGAUGCUGGUGCCCAGCUCUUAGCUGCUGUCCUGCCGGGGCUGCCUGAGCUCAGGAAGCUAGACCUCACAGCUAACGGCAUCAGCCCAGUGGGGGGAGUGCAGUUGGCCAAUUCUCUCAGCUUCUGCAGGCGCCUGGAGGACCUGAGGCUUGGGUACAAUGCCCUGGGGGAUCCCACAGCCCAGGUGCUAGCUUGUGGGCUGCCCCCACAGCUGAGGGUCCUGCGCCUGCCCUCCAGCCGCCUGGGCCCAGAGGGGGCGCUGAGCCUUGGCCGGGCCCUGGACGGAUGUCCACAGGUGAUAGAGAUCAGCUUGGCAGAGAACAGCCUGGCUGGAGGGCUCCCACAGUUCUCUGAGGGGCUCCCGCUGCUCAGACGGAUCAACCUGAUUUCAUGUGAGAUUGACAGCCAGACGGCCAAGUCCCUCGCUGCUAGCCUCGUGCUCUGCCCAGCCCUGGAAGAAAUCCUGCUGUCCUGGAAUCUCCUUGAGGACGAGGCAGCUGCUGAGCUGGCCCGAGUCCUGCCGCGAAUGGGUCGGCUGAAGAGAGUGGACCUGGAGAAGAAUUGGAUCACAGCCUGUGGAGCUCGGCACCUGGUUGAAGGGCUGGCCCAGGGGCCUGGCAUUCAAGUCAUCCGCCUCUGGAAUAACUGCAUCCCUCCUGACAUGGCCCAGCAUCUGCAGAGCCAGGAGCCCAGGCUGGACUUUGCCUUCUUCGAAGACAAGCCCCAGACCCCUCAGAGUACUUGAUGGCCCUCUCAAAACUCUCAGGAUCCAGCCAAGUAAUGUCAACUCCCGUGCAACAGGGCAGAUGGCUCAGAAAGACCCUCAACUGGGUGCCCCUGCACUUGCCCCAAGAGGGAGGGGCGUAUUUGUCCUGCCGCAGCCCUCAGGAAGCAUUUUUUGGAGACCAGGAGCGUUGUAUGGGCAAAAAAGUGUCCCAUAUCACAUGGAUAUGUGUUACCAGUUGGGAACAGGUGGCAUGAUGAAGGUGCCAUAAUGCGAUGCAUGACACUGAGGGUCACAUGUGGUGGAGUAUGACCUCUUGACAUGUGGCUAUACAUGGGACUUACAUUGUGGCACAUAGCAUAGAACACGUGUGACACAUGUGGCCAAUGUCAUGGGUACUAGUACCAUACAUGGGAGGACACAUGAUUGGUGUUGCAUACAUGACACAUAAGGAACCCUGGUGGCUCAGUGGUUAAGCACUUGGCUGCUAAGUGAAAGUCGACAGUUGGAACCCAUCAGCCGCUCUGUGCGAGAAAGAUGUGGCAGUCUGCUUUCAUAAAGAUUAUAGCCUAGGAAACCCUAUGGGGCAGUUCUACUCUGUCCUAUAGGGUUGCUAUGAGUGAGGAAUGACCCAGCAGUAGGCAACAACAUGACACAUGGAAAAUGUCCAUGUCAUAUGACACAUGGCUGGCCAGAUGCUCUCAGGCUGGUCCAAUUUACUAAUUUAUUGCUUUUUAAAAAAAAAACAAGUAUGUAUUUACAGACAGUUACUGAUUUGUAACUUUUUUUAGAAACCAAGUAUGUAUUUAUAGAUUGCGUUUCCAGAGCAGCUGAACCAUGGAAAUUCUUCCUCCUAGGGCUGGGAGGGGGAGGUGUCCAAGCACUGACCAGCCCGGCAGCCCCAAGGCCAAGGCUCCGGGCCUAACCGAGGCUCAGCCACAAGGCUUCUGGAUGAUCCUCUUCCUGCCUCCAGCCUCAGCUUCCCCAUCUGUACACUGGAUGUCCCCCUUAAAUGCUGGCUUCCCAGGACUUUGGGCCCAGGUCCAGGUAGAGCCAGCCUGACCUUGGCAAUGGACAGGCGGCAUGGUCUGUCUUGUGUGAGGGAUGAACCCAGGUCUAGGAUUCCAGGGGGUGGGCACUGCCAAGGCAAUCAGGCAAGACUGCUGGGUCCAGCAGGAUCCAGGAGGCCCCUAGGGGCUGCAUAUGUUGCACAGUGUUCUUGUUACUUCCGAGAGGGACCAGGGAUGGCCCUGCUACACUCUCGGCCAAGUUCAACUAAUAAAUGUGGAUGAUCUCUCAGCCUCUAGUCUGAGCCUGAUGUUUUCUGCCACCUCCACUGAGGUAGGAAGGGUCCACCCUCUGCCCCACGACUGGAGAGCAGGACAGACCGUGGAGAGUGGGCUGAGAGGAGCACUGGCCUGGGAGUCAGGAGACAGGAUUCAAGCACUAACCCUGUCUCCAUAUGAUCCUGUGAUUGUGGGCAAGUCCCCUCCUCUCUCUGGACCUCACCUGCAACAUAAGUGUGUUAUAGAAGCUCAGAAGCAUUUGAAACAUUUUGUGUUUGUCUUGCAUAGUGUUUAAACUCUUGCCUGAAUUAAUUGUUGAUGUUAAAAAUUGGGAGCUUUUACAUAAAAAUCCAAAUCUUCAGCUUCUCUUUAGUGUGAGUUCAGUAUUCCCACCAGACAGUAACCCACUGGAGUUGCAUAAUGACUGCACACACAGAGCCACAUCCCUCAGUUUGCCACAGACCCCACUACUCCCUAUUGUAGUGCCCCUACUGCUUCCCUCUUUUAGCCUCUUGCCUGGCCCUUGUGGGAGCCUGCAAAAUCCUGGCCUAAAGGGUUUCUACCGGCCUGUGGCAUGUUAGGAACGUGGUUUUAGAAGUCAGACAGGUGUAGAAUGAAAUGUGACGGCCCCCUUACUACCCGUCCUUACAAGCAGGAACUGUUUCUGUGCAUGGGUUAGUAACAGCUACACACAGGACUGCUGGAGCAUUCAGGGUAUCUGGUAUGAAGCAGUUACUCCUUACAUUCUACUUCCCUUCCCCUUUUCGGGUUGAAUAUCUUUUGAUGUGGGAAGAUGUUUGAAAUGGCAGGAGAACAGUACCCCCUUUCCCUCACCUGCCACUGGGCAGACAAUUAAGCCAGUUACUCUCAGGAGAGCCUUACUCCAGAGCUGCGCACCAUUGUGAAAAGCAGGCCUGGGAGAAUGCAGUUACCACUAAGCAUCACUGGAGGGCAGGCUAGCCCAUUGGCAAUUCCUGAGAUAACUUCCCUCACCUCGGGAUCCAGAAGGAAGUUAGGAAGUGAUCCUAGGAGCUGUUCACACCUGGCCCUGGAGCCUGGGAUGUUCUGGCUUACUAGUUGCUCUGCCUGGAUGGCUCGGCCUUGACCUAUGCCACCCUGCACGUUGUCCCCGGCCCCCCACCAAGC